AUGCACGGCAAGAUUGCUGACGAUCCCAGGCCAGAACACCUCCUCUAUGAGUUGGUAAAUUUGCCAUUCUACUGCAACACCAUCGCAUUCUACAUGGCGGGGCUCCUGGCUGUACAAGGGCUGCGCAACUUUGACAGCUGGUCCGACAUCUGUGCGGUGACCCAGCCUGCAGAGCGCAAUUUCCUCUGCUUGGAAUACACUGAGGAUAUGCUGGACCGACAUGUCUUCGCCCGAUACAGCGCAACGUCCAGCGGUCAGACCAAACCAGCGACCUCGCUCGUUGAGGCUCUCGGACUUCUCGGACAGCGAACGGGUUUUCGCGACCGGCCAACACCUGGCGCCAUCCGCCGGGAGGCACUCUUGCAAGUGGAUCGCCAUGGCUAUUCCAUCAACGAGCGGAUGCGGCAUGCGGAUCAUCGGAAUGCCAACACAUACGGUGGCUACUACCAGAAUGCCAUUUCCACCGUCGAUGGACAGGCAACGUAUUUUGGACUCGAGCAUCGACAACUGCCCGUGUUGCACGAACUCUUCCGCGGCUUCUCCAUUCGUCGCGACUACCAGUUUCGACCAGAAGUACCCUUGCGGCUGCAAGAUCAAAUGGUCGACACUAGACUAGCACCUCAGGACGAUACUGGCACGGUUGAUCGGCAGGCGCGCCAAAAGAUCUAUGGCGAUCGUCGUCAGCAGCGAGAGUCCCUGCUUCGCACCGACCGACAAGAUGGAAUCAAAGAAGCAAGCACAUCGCACGGCUGUGCUUACGAGUCCAACUUUCAACAAGCUCGACGUUUGAUGCCGGAGCGAGAUCGACUGGCUAAGAGCCUCUUUCAGACGGGAUCCUUGAGAGAUGCCGAGGGUAUUCAGCUGAUGAAUGAUUUGGUGGCAAUAUACUCCUCUCGGAACUCCGACACGUAUUGCGUCGAGCUCAAUAAGUCGCCCUCUCGUUGUGAUACUUGCGGCGCAACUCGCGCCGAGAUUGAGAACCAGGAGUGGUGGCGCCACGUCUACCACUGUCGCAAGCACAGAUCCGAGAAUAUUGGUGGCUAUUCUGACUUCUGCUUUCUGUGUUUCUUGUGGAUCGAUCAUGUGGAUGCGUGGCAAGAGCAUACCAGACAGCACAGUCAGAAUAUGCCUCUCAAAUGUAGCUUGGCCAUGUUCCGCGGCACAGUUCUACGGCCGGCAUGGUGUCCGGACUGCAUAGGCAAGAAUGGAACGCCUGGUGGAGGGCCCAAAGGGUUGAAACAGUUUCUCAACGUCACCGCUUGGAAAGCUCACGUGGACGAGCAUAUCCAUGGAUUGCGACCCGGACAGUACAAGUGUGCCCACCCGCGCUGCACGCAUCUGCUGGGCUUCUCGUCAAUGGUCGAAUUUCUCGCCCAUCGGUCUGAUAUCCAUCUCAUUCCUCCGCCGGAUGCUACGACCAAAGGCGCAAUUGGAAGAGUCAAGAACAAGCAUACCGGUGCUGCGGUCAAUGAGGCAAGCUACGCUGCGAGACGCACCCAGCUCAGCCGUAGCAGGGCAUCUUCGCGCAGUUCAGCUUGCGCAGCCUCCGAAGAAAGUUCCACGCCAUCAAUCAAUGACUCAUCUUCUGAACCAGCAUCGCCACGUCCAGGUCGAGAAGAACAGGUCUUGACGGAAGAAGGUGAUAGUAAUGGCGAUCACGGAGAGGCCGGUGCUGCCUUGGCGGUACAUGCUACGUCUCCAGCAACACCGGACAGACUUGCAUCUUCAUCGCCAUCGGAGUCGUCAUCAUCUUUGCACGGAAAGCCUCAAUUGCCUGAGUCCGAAGAAAAGCGAUAUCGACGCCAGGUGGGCUUGCCGGGGCAGCUGUCCAGAAAUGCCAAAUCCAGACCUACGACCAUUGAAGUCGUCAUCCCAGCCAGGCCGCAGGGUUGGAACAAUGUGCCUUUGUUGUGCUCCGUUGAAAGGUCCGACGAUCGAGGAGGCGAGCACACCACCCGCAAGCAAUUCUCCGCAAGCAAGGACUCAGAUGAGCCCCAGGCAGGUGAUGUUGUGCGCCUCUUGAAUCGGUCCACUCACUCCUCACGGCGUACGAGGAAGUCGAGGAAGACACAUAUCGAUAUGGCAACAACUCCAAGCGGUAGGAGCCGGAAACUUACAGAGGCCUCUGAAGCUUUCGUCCGAAGGAGGAACGCCAUUUCUGAAAUGCAUGCUCGUAUUCAAGAACGUCGCAAGUCGCACUUGAAGAGACCUGCAGUAUCGUCUAGGUAG